AUGGCGCGGUUACAUGACGAUAGUCAACACGACACAUCAACAGACAUUCUAAGCCCACAACCAUUCGCACCCCAAGGCAAAGGCUUCCUCGUUUCAUCACUCGAAUCGAACCACAGCAAUGCCCAAAUGCCCAGCCACGACUAUGAAUACAAUUCUUCCUCAUCCUCAAACCGACACUCAACAAGCGACGUCUUCGGCCGUGAAAUGGACGAAGAGCUAGAACAUCUCAAGUCCAGAGCCUCGAGUCGCUCAUCGCUCUCGUCCAUCCCAGCUUCUGUUCUCAUCCACCCAGUUGAUCGCAUGAAACAAAUGAAACAGAUGCCCGAUAUGGAUUUUCACGAGAAGAUCGCUGGCUAUGGCAUAGAAGAAUCCGAGGCUAGCUUCGGCGAUUUCAAUGGCGUUCCCGCGAAUAUUCGUACCAUUCGACACCGGGAAGCAGCAUUCCGGAAACCAAGUUCUGUCAGAGCUUUACAGAUGCAUACCGAAGAUGAGGCAGAUGAAGAUGACUACUUGACACCACCGCGCCGACGGGCAGGUCUACGCUCUCCAGGCUCGUCCCCAUUGAAGCGCUCCCCCUAUUACUCACCGAAUGGAUCACAAAUCAAGCCAAAAGCAAAGAAAGACCGAGAGCGCGAAAAGGAAAAAGAGAAGGAGAAGGAUUUCCCACUCGUCCUACUGCACUGCACCCUCCUCCCACCGUCAAUCCCCGUGCCAGGCGCCACAGACCCACGGAACCAAGAUCUCCUCGAAGAAACCCUACCAUCAGAGUACUGGAAGCGUUGGCGCCGGUUACAAGAUCGCGUUGGAUCUGGCGUCCUCCGCGAUAGAGGCGUUCUAAUCUCCCACCCGGAAGAUCUGUACGACAUGCUCGAAGAACGACUCCUAGAAAGCCUCGAACUCCAACGUCCCCGCCUCCAAAAUGGCCACUUCCUCGGCCGCGAAGAAAACGACACAGCCUCCGAAGGUGAAAUGUCCGACAUAGGCGAAAGCGAAACAGAUGGCGAGCAAGGCGACGCCUGCCCAGAUUGUGGAAGCCACGUCCGACACGGCGAUAGCAAUCGCAAAUGGGAGAUUCGCGUCUUUGCCGCGAAUGGACUCAUGCGCGCUGGCGCGUGGGCUGCUGCAUGGCGUGAUAUGGAGAAGGUUGAUGUUGAGGUUGGACUUUGGCUGCCGUCUGAUGUGAGGCGGGCGCUGGAACGACGGUUAGGCGAGGAGUCUAUGGCUCUGACACAUACGCCUCUGCUGUCCCAGUCGCAAUCGCAUUCACAUGCGCAUGAUCGCUUGUCUAUGUCCACGCCGCAGAUGGGUUCGCCUUCGCUGCUUGAUGGAGAUGAUCGCGUGAUUCCUGAGAUGAUGCAGUCGCCUAUACCUGGACAUCUCCGUUUGGUUUCUGCUGGGUCUUUCCAGUCCGAGGCUGUGCUCUCGAGGCAGGCUCUUCUUGAGGGUCGGAGGGAUUCUAUUACGGACUUUGGACACGAAAAGAUCGAGCGGCAUGGACAGAAGGCGCAGGGGCAGCAUCAGGUCGCGUUGAGAGUUCUACUUGUUAAUUACCUUCGCGUGCUUGCUGCUGACCGGCGUAAUGUUGCGCUUGUCUUGCUGAGCGUUUUGGUUGCUUUCCUUGCUAUUGGCUCCGUCCAACAGCAGUUCUGGGCGUCUGGUGAGAUACUUCCUCUUAGUCAGGACUUGGGGCAUGAUGUGCUGCAGCAUUCGGUCGUUUCGAGCUCCAGCGUCACUUUCGUCCCCUCCGUUGCUGCUACGAGUUCAGUUGAAGUGGAGGCUAUCCAGACUCCGAGCUCGGUGGUUUCUUUCCCGGCAGCUGACACCGUACUUCCUACUUCAAUUUUGGAUGAAGAUGCGUCGCUGGAAUCUGAAACUGCCGAACCGGAUGCCUCCACUGUCAAGUCAUUUGAACCAACACCCUCUGUUGAAGUUUUUGUAGAAACAGAGGUUCUCGAGACCCCUGAAACUCCUGCUAUCCAAGCCGAACGGCCCCAGGAACCAUCUGAUUCUUCUGUCGACUCUGCUGUCGACUCCACUGCAGGCUCCGCUGCGCUCCCCGAGCCUUCGGAAUCUGCGACAGCUGUUGAGAAUAUUGAGACACUUGAAUCGGAGGUCGAGGACCCUCUGGAUUUCUCUGAGUCCGAUGACACCCAGGUGCUUGAGACCAUGGAUAUUGAAACCAACCAGGUUGAAGGCUCAUCACCCUCAGACGAGUCAGUUGAACCUGCCGUCACGUCUAUCCAGCCGGAAGUCGAUGGUCCUCUGCCUCUGGAUUACUCUGCGUCCCCAGUAACGGUGGAAGACACCGAGGUGCCUGAGACCAUUGAUUUUCAACCCAACCAGGCUGAAGGAUCCCCAUCCUCGAACGAGUCAGUUGAACCCCCCGUCAUAUCUAUCGAACCGACCGAGUUCGCCCACUCUCAAGCAGAGAGCGUGGCAGAGGGCGACGAACUAGUUGAGCCCCCGAGUCUUCUCCCUCCACUCGAAGAGCCAGACCUUGAGUCCGAUGUUCAAGCCGAACUGCCUUGA